UGUUCUUCUAUUACAAGGAGGCUUUGAAGCUUUAUGCUCUGUUAUAAAAGAAUAAACUAGAGAGUAAAGUUCUAAUAUCUUUUGGAAAGAUUUUCAAACAGUUGCUUCUCAAGUGGAAAGACUCUAGGAUGGUGACAGAUUUUGUGACUGAAAAAUCCUGUGGUAAAUUCCACAGGGCCAUAGUACUUCUAAAGUGAGGUUAUCAGAAAAAAAAGUGUGAACUUGAGUGCCUUUUAUUUUUCAAAUAGGAUUAGAGAAAUUAGGUCUGUGUUCUUUGGAAAGAAAAGAUGGAGUGUACAAUAAGGUUUUGUAUAGAGCAUUUUGUAGUGAAUUAAGGCAAUAGAUGGUACAGUGCUGUUUCAGAGUUGGUCAAACGUAAGAUUGGAGGGAUUACCAACUUAAUCCUGGGAAGACUUGAGUGUUACUUGUUGAACUUCUGUGGAUACUUUUCAACUGAAAACUUCUUGUGUUCUAGUAAGGAGCAUACCUAAUUGUAUACAGUAAUUGGUCAUCUGAAAAUAAUAUCUUUUUUGUUUCUAUUUUCCAGGGGUUUAGGUGGUGAACUAAUGAGACCAGCUGUCUGCACUUUAAUUGAAAAGUUGUCACUUUCAAAAAUGCCAUUUAGAGAGGAUCCCAUAAUCGAUGGCUGGCAAUGGUUGAUAAAUGACAGUUUAAGAAGUCUGCCUCUUGUUUCAAGCACUGCAAGACAGCAAAUAAAGGAAGCUGCAGUCUCUGCACUUGCUGCAUUGUGUAAUGAAUAUUACAUCAAUGAACAGAGAGAAGCCAAUCCAGCUCUUCAGGGUGAACUGUUGCAGCAAUAUAUUUCAGAACUUCAGAACACAGAGGAAAUGAUUCGUUGUGGGUUUUCGCUAGCCCUGGGGGCCCUUCCAAGAUUUCUGUUAAAAGGCAAGCUCCAGCAGGUUUUAGAAGGUUUGAAAGAAGUUAUCUGCAUUUCCCACAAAUAUGUGAGCUUUGCAGAAUCAAGAAGAGAUGGCCUGAAAGCAAUUGCAAAAGUUUGUCAGACAGUUGGUGUGAAGAGAAAUGGACCACAGGAUGAAUUUGUCUGCAAAGAUAAUGUUAUUCAGAUCUAUACGAUGUUACUUAAUGGUAUGAGUGACUAUACCACAGACAGCCGAGGAGAUGUUGGAGCAUGGGUACGAGAAGCUGCUAUGACAAGUUUAAUGGAGGUGACACUUUUGUUGGUACAAAAUGAGCCAGAGUUGCUGGAUGCUAACAUCUGUAAACAGAUUAUGUGCUGCGUGGCCCAGCAAUCGGCAGAAAAAAUAGAUAGAUUUCGUGCUCAUGCAGGAUCUGUGUUCCUCAGUCUUCUAAAUUUUGACAACCCUACAAUUCCACACAUACCGCACCGGGAAGAAUUGGAGAGGAUAUUUCCAAGGUAAUCUAGAUCUUUAUCACC